AUGGCCGGACCAGGCCCAGACUCCAGGCAGCUCUGGGCUCUGGGCAGCGCCAUGCUGGGGGCCUGCCUGGCAGGGGUGGCAGCGGCACAGCUGGUGGAGCCCAGCACGGCCCCCCCCAAGCCCAAGCCCCCCCCACUGACCAAGGAGACCGUGGUGUUUUGGGACAUGCGGCUGUGGCACGUCGUGGGCAUCUUUUCACUCUUCGUGCUAUCCAUCAUCAUCACUUUGUGCUGUAUCUUCAACUGUCGAGUUCCUCGUACCCGAAAAGAGAUCGAGGCCCGGUACCUCCAGAAAAAAGCAGCCAAGAUGUACACGGACAAACUGGAGACCGUACCACCACUGAACGAGCUCACAGAAAUCCCAGGAGAGGAGAAGAAGAAGAAGAAGAAGGACAGCGUGGACACGGUGGCCAUCAAAGUCGAAGAAGACGAGAAGAAUGAAGCCAAAAAGAAGAAAGGAGAGAAAUGA